AUGGUGUCCUCCAGAUCUCGACUCUCAACACGACAGAUUCAACACGGCCAUGGUGCCUCAAGAGUUCCGUCGCCAGUUAUUUUAGGCAUUAUUUAUCCUCGAAUCGACAAGGGUACUUCAGAUCCUGGUAACCGACGCCCAUCGUUUCCUGGACAGAGUCGGACAAUUCAAGGUGCUAGACACUCUACAGGUCUCGUUCGACCACACCCUAACCGCAACAACCGCCAAGGGUCGUCUUACCCUCACCCCGAUGCUCUGGCAGGAUGGCCAGUUGUCAAGGAGGUGAAUUUGCAGGACUCUGUGGUUGUUCACCUUGCGGUCGAGAUCUCGUCAUGGACGCCAGUUCAUCUUCCUCAGCUGACUACUCUGAAUCUCAAUGGUGCUCCCGCUCGAUUGCUCCACCCAGACACACUCCAUAGCACCGUUAGCCUUGAGCUGUUGACCUUAGUCAUGGCCGACAACAAUUUGUAUAUGUGUGAGUACGAUUUUGACGAUAUCGAGGCUGGAAAUUACGGCGGCGAUGAGGAUGAGGACGAAGAGGACGAUGAUAACGAUCUCGACCCAUUUACCCUUUACCCAUCCAUCAACCAACUGCUUCCUUCUCCCAUGCUCCGACAAACACCCAGUCUCGCACAACUCUUUCUUAUCAUUAUCCUGUCUGAAGGCGACCACGAACGUACGGUCACAAUCGACGAGCUCCGGGAUCAUGACCGACCAGUACCAGAAGGAGAGUCGACCACAGGGUUCAUCAGCCUGCCCAAAAUGACCCACAUCAUGCUCGUCACUGGCUGGACAGUCGGACCCCAAUUCUGGCAAACGCUCUUCCGAAAAGUCAUGCCAUCCAUUGCCAUGAUCCGAGAGACCGAGACCAGCGGGUUUACAUUACCAGAUUGGGUCGAUGCGACAUUGGGUCUCGAAAAGUUGCGGUUUGCGGGGAUGAUGUUGACAGUGAAGUACAAGGAGCCUUUCGCGCUUGGUUUGACUGCGUUGGAUGAGUUUGUGGGGACUGGAGGCAUCCCACAAUUUUAUUUUGUGGACGCUGCUGAUAAGGAGUAUAGGGAGGAGGAGGAGGAGUUUGAAGAGUCCUUGACAGCAGCAACAGCAGAAGUGGACAUCAAGGUCUACAGCCAGGAUAACACACAGAACAGCAAUACCGCCUCUAUACAACAGGACAGCGAUGAAUCAGCGCAUGGGCAAAGCACCACUACUGCUCGUACUCAAGUCUGGCAACUCCAUGACUCUGCGAUAACAUCCUCGUCCUCAUCGUCAUUCAAACCCAUCGACUCUGGCUCAACAGGAAGUUCACAGUUCCUAAACCCACCUAGUCACUCUCACCACCAACACAGUACCAACAACAGCACCAGCGUAAACAGCAGCAAAAGUCCUCUUCCAACAUCCCCAUCCCAACGCAGCAUCGAAAAAGCCAUCGCCCAGAAAUUCGCCUCCCUCGGCAUGCCCCCACAACGCUCCCCACUCCGCACCCGUCUAGACCAAUUCCUCCUCAACGAAAGCCCCCGCAUCAUCUUUCUCUCCUUCUGGUCUCUCCUCCAAUUCCUCAUCUUUUACUUUUCCUUUGAGAUCUAUAACCGCUCCACCCAUUACUCGCAGGCACGGACCAAAUUGGGGGUUACGUUGGGUGUUGCGAAGGGGUCGGCGGCGGUGAUUAAUUUUGAUUGCGGAGUGAUUCUGCUCUCGAACGAGUAA